AUGCUUGAUUUCGCGGGUCACGACGAGGGCUUGAUCGCAACGGUACUGGCGCAUGAGCUCGCGCACCUGGACCAGGAACACGCCUAUGAGAAGCAUGGUCGCUUGAUUUCCAUUGGCAGCCUUGCUUUUUCCGCGAACCUUCAAACCUGGAUAACAACAAAUCUCAACAACCGUAGCAGCCAGAUCCGCGAACGCGAAGCCGAUUUGGUGGCUCUUGAGGUCAUGGCUCGUGCAGGGUAUGAUCCAUAUUCCGCUCUGCGCUAUUAUAGUAUGCUCACAAAACGCUAUGGGCAGCAGCGUGUGCGGAACUCUCGCCGCCAACUUCAAUCAGUCGCUCGGCGCAAAUUCGGAUACUCAGCGAGAUACAAUGCAGCCGUGUGGGGCUUCGGCGAAGAUAUCGAUGACGUUCUUGAGCCAGGCGACUACGACUUAAGUAUGGGCCCCGAUUAUUAUCUAUGGUGGGAUAGCACCCAUCCUGAACCCUGGCAGCGGUAUCAGUACCUACUGGAAGCCCUAACGGCGGCGCGCAAGAAAUCUUUAGAAUCGGAAGACUUGGGAGCUAUGCCAGACAAGCAAUUUCAGUCGAGCACCGACUCCUUGGAGAUGGAGAGGUAG